CUCUCUCUCUCUCUCUCUCUCUCUCUCUCUCUCUCUCUCUGCUUUCUUGGACUGCAGCAGAGAAACCGCUGCAUCGAAGAAGACAAGAAAAGAAGAAAAUCUCGGCGCGAUGCCUGCUACCUCCGCCGCCGUGUAGAGGAGGGAACCGGGGAGCGCACGCUUGAUCCAGCGCGUCGGUGCAAUGAACGCGAUCCUUUGUGGACUGCUGAUGGUUUCCUCUGCUGAGCCCUGACAGCACUGAGGAUCCUUCCAAUUUGAGAUCAACUGUCUCCAUUUCAGCGCUGUCUGGUUACUCCCAUCCAAUGGAAUUAGACAUCAUUACUUAAUCAUUAGUUGCCUGGCAGCCGGCUGGCUUCUUAGUGCUGAAAAACUGCCUUAACUCUCGCUCAGUCUGGAAAGAAUAAAGCAGGAGAGAAUAAAAAUAGGUAGUAUAUGUUUGUUGCACCUGGUGGAAUAAAAGAGCAGUAGAGCUGAGAUAACUGACAUUUAGUUCCAGCUUUCCUUGUGCCAAGAUGGAUGAAACACAAAACAACAGGACUUCCUUGGUUAAAGGUGCCAAGGACAUCGCUAAAGAAGCCAAGAGGCAAGCUUCCAAAAAUUUCAGCAAAGCUGUUGAUCGUGCCUCAGAUGAAUACUCAGCCCAUCGCAGCUACAACCGCUUCCAGAACGAGGAUGAAGAAGAAAACAACUACAACAAUUACACUCAGCAAGAUGGUCACUAUGCCGGCAAUGCGGCCAACGAUGAGGACGGGGCCUCCAGUGAUGCCACGGAGGGCCACGACGACGAAGACGAGAUCUACGAGGGGGAGUACCAAGGUGUGCCUGCCUACAAUGAUGGGAAGCCGCGGGAGGGACAGGUGGCUCUGGGCCAGCCGGUCUCCGACAGCCUAAAGAGCCGCAAGGAGCUGGAAAAUGAGAGACAGGCGGAUGAGGAGGAGCUGGCCCAGCAGUACGAGCUGAUCAUGCAGGAGUGUGGCCACGGGAGAUUCCAGUGGCAGCUCUUCUUUGUACUCGGCCUGGCCCUCAUGUCGGAUGGCGUGGAGGUGUUUGUAGUGGGCUUUGUCCUGCCAAGUGCUGAGACAGACAUGUGUGUCCCCAACUCUGGUGCCGGAUGGCUCGGUAGCAUUGUGUAUCUGGGGAUGAUGUUUGGAGCCUUUUUUUGGGGCGGCCUGUCAGACAAGGUGGGCCGCAGACAGUGCCUGCUCAUAUCCAUGUCUGUCAACGGCUUCUUCGCCUUCCUUUCCUCCUUUGUCCAAGGCUACAGUAUGUUCCUUUUCUGCCGCAUGGUGUCUGGCUUUGGGAUUGGUGGAGCGGUACCCAUAGUUUUCUCCUACUUUGCGGAGGUGUUGGCUCGGGAGAAGAGAGGAGAACAUCUGAGCUGGCUGUGCAUGUUCUGGAUGAUCGGAGGAAUUUAUGCCUCAGCCAUGGCCUGGGCCAUCAUCCCACACUACGGCUGGAGCUUCAGCAUGGGAUCAGCCUACCAGUUCCACAGCUGGCGAGUGUUUGUGGUGGUGUGUGCGCUGCCGUGUGUCUCUGCAGUGGUAGCGCUCACUUUUAUGCCAGAGAGCCCACGCUUCUACCUGGAGAUGGGUAAACAUGACGAGGCCUGGAUGGUGCUCAAACAAAUCCACGACACCAACAUGCGUGCCCGAGGAGAGCCGGAGAGAGUGUUCACUGUGAACCGCAUAAAGAUCCCCAAACAGCUGGAUGAGCUGGUGGAGAUGCAGAAUGAGUCAGCCAACCCCGUGCUCAAGGUCCUCUUCAAGAUCAAGGCCGAGCUCAGAGGAAUCUGGUUGACUUUCAUGAGAUGCUUCAACUACCCAGUGAAAGACAACACUGUGAAACUGGCUGCAGUCUGGUUUACUCUGUCUUUUGGAUACUACGGACUGUCUGUAUGGUUCCCGGAUGUCAUCAAGCACCUCCAGGCCGAUGAGUACGCCUCCAGAGUGAAGAUUCACAACAGCGAGCGCAUUGAGGACUUCACCUUCAACUUCACCCUGGAGAACCAGAUCCACAGAAAUGGAGUCUUUCUGAAUGACAGGUUUAUCAGUAUGAAGUUCAAGGCGGUCACGUUCAUCGACUCAUCUUUCCUCAACUGCUACUUUGAAGAUGUCUCCUCAGUGGGAUCCUUCUUCAAAAACUGCACCUUUGUAGAUUCCUUCUUUUACAACACAGAUAUUGAUGACUCCAAGCUAAUAAAUUCGAGUUUGAUCAACAGCUCCUUCCACCACAACAAAACAGGCUGUCAGAUGACGUUCGACGAUGAUUACAGCGCCUACUGGGUCUAUUUCGUUAACUUCCUGGGAACGUUGGCUGUGUUGCCUGGGAACAUCGUCUCUGCUCUCCUCAUGGAUAAAAUAGGACGUCUUAGCAUGUUAGGAGGCUCCAUGGUGCUGUCAGGCAUCAGCUGCUUCUUCCUUUGGUUCGGCACCAGUGAGUCCAUGAUGAUCUUCAUGCUGUGUCUCUACAACGGCCUCAGUAUCUCUGCCUGGAACUCCCUGGAUGUGGUCACCACUGAGCUGUACCCAACAGACAGGAGGGGCACAGGAUUUGGCUUCUGUAACGCCAUGUGUAAGCUGGCAGCAGUGCUGGGCAACCUGAUCUUUGGCUCGCUGGUUGGCAUCACCAAGGCUAUUCCCAUUCUGCUGGCAUCAUCCGUGCUGGUUGGCGGCGGCCUGGUGGGGCUCCGACUGCCAGACACUCGUGCCAAUGUCCUCAUGUAAACCUCAGUACAAAACAGUAUGUUGUUUACCAGGUAUUUACUCAGUGUGCUGAAUAAUGGAAUAUGAUUUAUUAGAAUAUCACAGAAACAACUACUGCUGUCAUCCUUCUUGUAUUAUUUAUUUGGUAAACAAUGCUGAAUAUGUCCACCAACUCAAAUACAUGACAGGCUGUUAUCGCAAUUCUGUUAGUUCUGAGUUAAAUACCUGGUAAAUUUGAUAGUCAAAUGCAGUUUUGAGAGCUGUAGAUGUACAGAAGAGCAGAAUUCAGGCUAUCAGAUGUUUCAAAUGUGCCAGAGCUGUGCGUAUUCUUGCAGGAAUUCAAGGGGGAAGAAAAGCGACUUGAAAGCAACAAGCUGAUCAGUGGCGAUAACACUCUGUAUAUCAACAGCUCAUUAACUACCACAGGCUGUUUCACACAUGCAACCCACAAAUGCAUGUGCCAAAGCAGCAAAAGGCUUGGACAUCAAACAACCUUAUCUUUCCAAAUCCCACUCAGUCUUGCUCAGAUUAAAGAAAUAGUUUGACAUCUUUGGGAAUAUUCAAAGCUACUCCCCCUUCAGGCAGUCAGCUUAGCGUAAACACAGACUGUAUAUAAAAGAUGAACGUAGACACCGUGACGUCCUUGAGUCAUUUGUGGAUUACCAUUCUGAAGUUUGGAAGUUUGGAACUUUCCCGUGGCCACCUUGGUCUUUUGAAACCAAACUUAACCGACAAGAUGUGGAAUGUAACCUUCAAGUACACCCCUAAGUAGUUGCCUAUUUUGCUCCAAAUGGGGCUAACAUUUACAAAAUGAACAUCAUGUUGUGUUAAAGACUUGAAAUUGUGAUUUGAGACAAUAAAGUAAUUCAGAAAAAAAAUCACUGAUGUAGCAAAUUAAAUGUGAAGUGGACUAAUUUUUUCAUAGGCCUCUUAUUCCUUUUUGCAACCAGAGGAGUUGCCUCCUGCUGGCUGUUGAAAAGAACACAGAUUUAGGGUGCUUCUGCAUUGGAUUUUCUUUUCAGAUUCGCAGGCUACAUUCAUCUUUAAUAUACAGUCUGUGAACUGGAAGUAAAGGGUAUAGCUAGCUUGACUAAAUUCUAAAAGGUACCACCAACACCUCUAACGCUCACUAAUUAACAUGUUGUAUCUUGUUUGCUAAAUAUGUGCAAAAAAUGAAAGUGUAAAAUGACAUGUUUUAUGGGGCUCGUGUUCUGUAAUAAUCCUGAGUCAGGCACUGUCAUUUGCAAAAAACGACACGUCAUUGUGUUGUUUUAAAAUGUGGAUUCGUGCUCAGAUUAAGCAAACAAGAUACAUUAUGACUGUUUUUACAUGGAGUCGAGUAUCCUGGUUAUGAUUGGCUUUUUGACAAUUUUUUUUGUGUUUGUGUAUGGAAACAUCAUCUCCCAAUUUCAGAAACUUGGAUAAGACAUUAGCUGUGCUUUGAGAACGCUGAUUGUGCUUGGUGGAGUACUCCGGCUUACAAUUCCACAUAGAUUUUAUCACAGGCGUGAUUACAGCCAGGUAACAAUAAAAACUGUCCACAACUGCCCAUUUUGGACAACAACUACGACCAGAACAGAGCCAACACUUGUCCAGUUUAUUUCCUCUGGUGUCUUAAAUUGUUCAACUGUGUCACACAACUAGUAAAAGAAAUGGAAAUGCAUAUAUUUUCUAAACUCAGAGUCACUGAGCCUCAUCAUGACACAGCCCGAUCUCACGAGGAUUCGUGAAACUGUCACGUAAAUUUUUGUUUCGGUUUCGUGCGCACCAACACGAUUUCGUCAUGUUUUUCGUGCCGCUCACCACGAAAUGCACACCAAUGUAUUUUAAACGGCGGACUUUUCGUGCCACUCAGAACGUAUUUCAAACGAAUGGGUAUAUUAUAUUUUUAAUGUAAAACCGUGGCGAAUCCAACGCUAUAUUUUGCAUGACAUCGUCCCUAACCAUAACCUAACCAUAACCUAACCAUAACCUAACCAUAACCCGGUGGUACACUUACCAAUUUGCAUAGGAAUUUAAAGAAUGUCCGACGGCCGCAAACGCGAUCACACAAGCAGUAUACGCCAAUGGACAGCUUAGAUCGUCAUGAAUCUGCCGGUAUAAACCACUUUCAGAUGUGAUUACCACAGCGGGUUUCGUUGUGAGCAACACGAAAAACAUUUUGUGGUGAGCGGCACGAAAAACAUGACAAAAUCGUGUUGGUGCCCACGAAACCCAAACAAAAAUUUACGUGACAGUUUCACGAAUUCCCGUGAGACCGGGUUGCAUGACAACCCCAUCCCACCGGUCAUGGCUGCCUAUCUUUAUCUUACACUCCUUUAUCAUGUGAGGUGACAGUUAAAUCCUGACAUCAAUUAAAGAGGAGGUAGAAAUCUGCAAUGCAGUCGUGGCAUUAAAUAGUGCUAAGUCUGGCAUUAGCCAAAAGGGCCAUGUUUUCAGUAGCCACUGUCAAAUUUCUUUAGUUAGGCUAACAGGUCCUGAAAAGUCACAUUAAAUUGCCAGUUUGACUUGUAAACAUUACAAGUGAAAGCACAAACAGCACUCAGUAAUCAGUAACUGGUACACAUGCAUUUAUCAUGUAUACAGGGAUGUGAAAAACAGACAUCUGUGCUCCAUGUAAACACCAUAACCUGAAUAUGAUCUAAACUACGGUGUUAUGAGAAUACUAGUGUACAUGUAUGUUUAUCUGUGAUCUUUAGAGGUUUAGGUGGAUGGAUUUCAUUGCUUUCGGAUAGAGUCAGGCCAGCCUUUCCCUCUGCUGCCACUCUUUAUGCUAAGCUAACUAGCUGGCUGUAGCUUCAUACAGAUAUGAGAGGAGUAUCACAUAUUCUCAGCUUGCUCAGCAAAGAAAGUGAGCAAGUGGAUAUGGUUCAACAAAAUGCUGACUUAUUUAUUAAUUUAUGUCUUAUCUAUUGCUGCACUGGAGUGGUUUUAUGUUUGUUUUUUAUGUCUUUUGACUUUGAUCAGUGUCCUAAUAAAGGUUGAUGACACUUAAGCCUUUUGCUGCGACUUGCAAGAAUGACAAGGCCAUAGAAAAAGAAAAUCAAUAAUGAUACAGUAGUUUAGCAAAACUGGCAACUUCAGCAGCUACAUUUCUAAAAGUGAAAAGAAGUUUACAUUUUCUGCUUUUUACAGUAAGAGACUUUUGCCAUUGGGAUCCCUUUGUCUGAAUGCUUCCUCUCUCCCUCUGUGUUCGUCUUGUGGCGCCGAGCUCACCAUGAAGGGCUUUGCUCUCCGUUGCAAUCUGAUCCGUCGAGAAGAAUUUUUAUUGUGGGAAACUUCUGUUGGUGUCAAAACUUGCUCUUCUCUCUUUGUGUUUUCUUUUCCUCUUUAUCUGUGUCAUUGUCCUGUUUUCCUCGCGGUGUCUCGUGGCCCGUCUCGUCCUCUGUUUAUCUCCUGCCUUGCUGCUGCUCCCUCCAAAACUCAAAGGCCUUUCUCAAAUGUCGUGCCUCUCUCUCCAUCGAGCCCAUCUCUACUUCCAAACCUCACUGGAAGCUUUGCUGCUCUGUCCUGCUUUCUAUUUUCUCUUUGAUCCUUUAUCUCCUGAUACUGCAGUGUGUGUGUGUGUGUGUGUGUGUGUGUGUGUGUGAGUGUGUGUGUGACAAGACAAACCCUAGUGACCAUCCCUUACCUGUACGUGGAAAACCAAUUUCUUUUUUCAUGUGUUUUGCUAUACCAAGGAACUGAACUAUUUGAAGAAUUUGAUUCAUGUGAUAAACUGAAAUUAAAAGCCAUGUGAAGAGUCAGCUUACCCAAAUUCUUUAAAAAAAUCACAUUUUAUAGCCACGGUGAUAGUUUUGGUUUUAUGUGCUGAGAUUUUGAACUUGUUGAACAUUUGCAUUUUAAUUGGAGUCUACAGGCAUGCAGCACUGAGGCUGUACUUGAGUUAAAUCUAGAAUGCGGUGCAAAAAUACAUCUAAAUGAUGAGAAGACUGUUGUCAUUACACAGUGCAGCCAACAAGCUACACUGAGUUGGUAGAGUUGGUUGUUGCUAGAGGUACGGAUCCGUACCCGUAGCCUGUGGACUACGGAUACGGCCCUUUCCAUUUGCCAAUCAGAUACGCGAGAUCUGGUCAUGUGACUCCCAGUAGACGCUAGCGGUAUGGACCCGUAGCAUCGGUACUACAGGUACGGACCCUAAACCUGACCCUAACACUAACCCUAAUCUUAACCUUUGCUUACCUUUCAACAGUUUGCAGUGGUUAGCAGCUUCUUGACUCGCGAGACUCGCGUACGGGUCCGUAUCUGUCUGGCAAAUGGAAAGUGCCAUAUCCGUAGUCCACAGGCUACGGGUACGGGUCCGUAUCUGUAGACACUACCGGUAGAAUUAGGUUUUCUACAAUCUUUUUUUUUAAUUAUCAGUCUUAACUCUUUGGAAUUGCUCAAAUAUGUUAAGAAAAGGUCAAUCCUGAAGCCAAGGUGGAGAAAAAAUGACAUUAUGAAGCCAAUAUCAUUACAUUUUCUCAACUUAAUUUUAGUUUUAAGUGAGUCAACACAGAUAAUUACGCAGUUAAUUUACUGAUUUGGAUAAACCUUUCAAAUUACAAACAUUUUUUUGAUGGGUUGGGUUGACAAAAUAAUGUCCUAUCAAUUUAAUAUCGUUUUUUUUUUCCUAAAUUUCUUUUUAGUCUUGCAGCCAUGCACUCUGAAUGACUUUUCAGAGUGCAACUGCUGAGAGCAGUGAAAAGCAGGUAAUAGUUUCCAUCACAGCUGAAAAUGUGUCAAGCACUCGGGCAGUUAACAUCUACCGUUAAUGUUAAAUGUGUCAGCACUUUUUACGGAAACAUGGAAAGAGACGAAGGCUGUCAUUCUUACACUGCAAAGACAUAAAGGUUUCUUUAAGCAGUCUACCGGUGAUGAUGCUUUUUGCAGCAUUGCAGCACCAUGAGCUCAGUGAUCGUCCAGAAAUGUUGGUUAUUUUGGAUUUAAUCUUGUAUGGAAAGACGCAAAGACUUUCAUCUUCUGACACUGUAAACAUCACAAACAGAUAUUGAUUUACCUUCACCAGUAUGUGGCCAAAUAAAACUAAAACUAUCCCCAUUGUACGGUGCCACUUGAGCUAAUAAAGAAAACCUUUUUUUUUGUUUUCAUUUUUUGUGACUUGGGUGAAAAGACUCUUGAAAACCUCUUCUGAAUGGAAUUCUUGCUGCUACUCUGUCAGUGCUUCGGUGUAAAAAUGCAUUAGGUAAGUUGUAAAAUACAAAUCUGUAAUCUGUUCUCAUCUGCGUUCGUUCAAUCACACAAAAAAAGUCAGUCGACACAAAAAUACGGUUUCAUUUUGCUGUCUUCUAGCCAUCAUUAAUGAUGUUCUGUUUCUCUUCUCUUCCUCUAUUUGUAUAACUUCCUACAUGCAGUGAUUUCCUUUUAAAGAGGAUAUUUUUAAUGACUGAAAUGGAGCCGUUUCAUGACACAAAUCUGCUUGAUUCUGUUUGAUGCUUUACCUCUAGUCUUUCCCCUCCUCUAAACUCCACCACUUGUGCUGAACAACCUCACUAGACUUCACUGUUUCCAAACCCAAACCCUGCAUGUUUGUUACUGAAGCCCCUCUGUUGUGUGUGCUUUUCCCAUUUCGGUGUCCUUGGCUGUUCCUCUGCGGGGGCGUAGCAGACGUGAUUCCCGGGUUAACGGUGAUUGUAUCAUUCUCGUGUGUUGUCAGAUUUGUCGUGGACAGGUGUUCAUUAUGCUCAGUUCACUUCUAGGCCAUUGUGAAAGGGCAUGCUCGUGUUGAGAGGACUGUAUGUACUGCAAGAUGUUAACCAGCAGGGGUGGUCAGAUCUGCCACUGGGAAAGUUACCAGGUAGAUGAAUCACAGAGUCACUGGGGAGGGAUUUAAGCAGUGUGACUUUCAGAUUUGAAAACCUCUGCUGUUCAACAAGAUGUGGAAGUGUGUGUUAAAAAAAAAAAAACAGCUACCCGUCCUUGAUAUGAUUUAUUUUGAUAAGAAAAGACUCAAGUGAAUGCAGUGUAAAGGUGGAUUCCUCUGGUGUCUCCAUAUUGAAUAAAGAGUUUCAUUUGAACAGCU